ACAAAAAUGACUCUAAAUCAAAGAAAAAUGCUGUUUAAUGAUUUGUGACAAAAACAUCAAAUAACUGAAUGUUAAUUAAUGUUUCAAUCCCUGCCUACUGCCAGAGUCACUCAAAAUGAUAAUGAAAGACCCUGAUACUGAAAACCCCUCAUAAGAGUGUUAUAGGCCACAGGAAUAAUUAAGUGCAGGUCAGAAAUCAUGUGAUGUAUUGAUGGGUCUGGUAGAACAAACGGCUGUUAUACACAAUGAGACACUCAUCAACUCUCUAGAGAGACUGUGUAACUACCUUCCAGACCAGUUCAAGAAUCCAUGCAUGAGAUUUCUUGAGUAUAUUGGACCAAUCCUAAUUGAAAUUAUUGAAGAUGGUGACACUCCAGAUUUGAUAUGUCACAAGAUCGGACUCUGCUACACGGAGAAAGGAAGGCAAUGCAAUCUCUUUCCCAUGAAGAAAAAUCAAAGACUGUACCAUUAUACAGAAGAUCCAAGACUGGUGAAGAAAGCUAAACGUCUUGACAUGCCUCGUAUAGGAGCAGGGAUAUGUGAUUUACCAGGAAUCAAAGAGAUAUGUGACUGGAUCAAUCUUAUAUUUUCUGACCAUGAACCAGCCAUUGACUUGGAUGGGGAUAAGCACAGUCCAUAUGAGACUUUGAGAGGUUAUUCAUGGCGAGGGAAGGAUUGUGAUGAUGAAAGACGAAGUACACAUCCAGGAGCCAGACCUAUAGACGGUGAUAGAGAAGUUGAUUCCAACUGUAAUGGUAUAAAGGGACACACUCCAGCUUCCAAUGUACCGUAUGAGAAUAUGUUCUGUGCACAGUCUCAGCCUCGAGGUAUUGCUGUGUUAGGGGACUCCAUCAGUGCACACUUCCAUCUUCCGAGAGAGUGGUUCAAUUCUACAGAACUCUCAGUGGCAAAUUUUGAACCUCUGCCAUUUAUCGGUGAAAAUGAAUUAGACUGGCCAGAAUUGUCCUACGGAACAGGAUUUAUGAAUGCAACAGAAGAAUUGAGUAAAGUGAUUCAUGGCCAUACAGAUUCCCUGUACCUGCGUCUGUGGCAGAGAAACAGAUGUAACUUUAGGGAUUACCAGAACAUUGCUGUAAAUGGGGCAAGAGCUAGUUCAAUGGUUGAUACUAUUGAAAAAAGUUUGUACAGAAACAUGACUGGAGAUUAUCCACUGAUUGUUAUAUAUGCUCUGGUGGGAAAUGACGUGUGCAAUGGACAUCCAGAUACCAUAGCACACAUGACAACCCCACAAGAUAUGAAGAAAUAUGCCACAAUGACACUGCAGUAUCUGGAAAAGAAUAUUCCAGCUGGAAGUUAUGUGUUUUUGACUGGUCUUGCUGAUGGUCGGGUUUUGUAUGACAAUCUGAAGAGCAGGAUUCAUCCAAUUGGUUCAUUGAGAAAUGAUGUCACAUACGCACAUUUCUAUGACUAUUUCAACUGCCUUGAGAUAUCACCCUGCACUGGCUGGAUGAACACAAAUGAAACUCUAAGAAACCUGACAACAAAGAGAGCGAUGGAGUUAAGUGCAGCAUUACAAGAGGUUGUGACAACUACAGCAGGGAGCUACAAGAACUUUAAACUUUAUUAUAAUGAAAACCCAAUAAAUAAAGUUAUAAAUGAAUGGAUGGCAGCAGGAAAGCCAGCCUAUGAACUUCUUGAACCAGUUGAUGGUUUCCAUGCCAACCAGAGAGGUAAUGCGGAAGUUGCACGAGUUGUGUGGGAGGAGCUACUACAGAAAUGGCCAGAGGCUAUAGGAAAGGAAAAUCCAUUCAAUGACGAGAUCAGGGACAUGUUUGGUGACCAAGGGGGAUACAGAUAAUCACAGUAGUUAAUUAUCUAGUGGAGAGAACAGAUAUGGUUCUUAGAAAUAAAAUCAAGGGAACCUGUUCAUGUGAUUAAAGUAGACUUUAGAAUCAGUAAUACAGUAUUCUACCAAGUCAGUUCAUUUUUAAUUUUAAUAAUUAGUAAUUUGAUUUUAACAGUCAAAAGAUAAGUUCCUUUUUUCUCAUAGUAUGUUCCAUUCGUUUACCAAUAGGAUACAGUCUCAGGGAAAAUGUUCUAAUUUUCAAAAAUAGAAAGAAAAAAGAUUUUGAGUUUUAAACUUUUUCAUUUAGAAAAUAAUGUUAUCAAGAAUUCUAAAUAUUCUGUUUUCUUUUGAAUUUAGCUGGUGUAAAACUUAUGAUGUUUUGUGUACUUUAAUUUUGACACUUACAAAAUAAACAAAUGCAGAUUUCAUUGAUUUCUUACUAAUGUGAAUCACCAGAAUUAUUAACCAGAAUAUAAAACAUGCAACAUUACUGUGAUAUGAUAGGUCCAUUUCAAUCAUGCAUUUAUCAGUUGACACAUACAAAGUAAAAUAAACAUUUUUUUGUGUCUUUCUCUUCAGGUUUUAUAAAAUAAAGUCAGUCUCAUGAAAACAAAACACUGAUUUAAAUAAUGUUAAAACAAUAAGGUUAUAUUGUUCCAGCAAGUUAGAAAAACAUUAACAAGUUAGUUGAAUAACAAUACUGGAUCCAGAACUGGCCCUUCAUUUGAACACUAAUGGAUCAUGCUCACAACAAUCUGAAACAAGUUUUGAAUAGACUGAAGUGGAUAUAUUGUCAUUGUGCAAUGUAUUUAAUCAUUUACAUAUCUGUGCAAUACAGCAUUUUGGCUGUCACUUUUUCUGUAAUUUAUUCAUAUUUAUUGUUAAUUAAAAUUCUGUGAUACAA